AUGUCCUCCAGUAAGGCCAUUAAAAGUAUUUGUGUGAUCAAUGGUGGUGGUCGAUUGGGUCGAAAUAUUUUACAAUCUUUGGUGAAUAUUCGAGAAAAUAAAACUAAAUUCCUACAACAAGGAGAAGAUAAUUCCAAGACGCUUUAUUUGAGCAGUACGAAUUCAUCGUUUAAAAUAUUCACAUUUGUGACUCCUGAUCGUAAGGAUACUUUCAAUUCGGAGAAAUUUGUGAAUCAGUUGGAUGGUGUGACGGUGGAGAGAACUGAUCAAUUGGGAAGAAAGGAAUUGAAAGAUCGUUUUGCCAAGUAUGACGUCCUCAUUAAUGCCACUGACUUUGAAAGAUGUUACAAUGAAGAAGAAUUCGAAAGCAAUGUCAUUGAGGCUUGUCUUGAAGGUGGAAAUGUCAAACGUUACAUUCCUGCAGAUUUCACAGUCGAUUUUAUGAAUUUCCAAGAUGGGGAAUGUGAGAAGAUGGACGUUCGUAAAAGAAUUCGUUCCUUAUUGGAGAAGAAUCAAGAGAAAAUGUCUUUCACCUCCAUCCUGAAUGGUGUCUUUCUCGAAAGAUUGUUCGAUCCAUUCUAUCAAUGGAAAAUUCUCAAUUUGGAAGAACAAUUAGUGGAAUACUAUGGCAAAGACAAUUCUGAAAAGCCACCUGUCAUUGACUUUUCUCUGUAUCCAGAAGUUGGUCAAAUCUGUGCCCUCACUUCCACACUCUUAUUCGAACAAACUUCCAACAUGAUCAUUCCCUUUGUUUCCAACUCCUACGACAUGAAUGAAUUGGCAGAAAUGCUCACCAACAAUUUGGGACAUGGUAAAUGGAAGGUCAAACAAAUUGGAACUCUCAAAGAUUUGAAGCUUAAAAUUGCAGAAAGAAAGAGUCGUCGCGUUCAAAAAGAGGAUCAACUCGUCGACGAAGAUUUCGCUUGGGACUAUUUGUAUGCCAUUUUCAGUGAGAAGGGACGCAUUUCGAAAACUUCCUCGAAUGACAAGUCGAUUAAGGAUGUUGUGGAGAGAUUUUCCUCCGUCAUGAUGCCAGAAAGAGCUGAAGAAUCAACCACUGGAAUGGAACGACGAGACUUGUUCCAUCGAUUGGUGGGAGAUCAACAAAUGGAUAAAGAGACUCUCACCAAGAUGUGUAGUAGUGCUGGAUGUGGUUACGUGAUGGGAGCAGAUGCUUCAAAAAUUAGACCCACUGGAGCACCUAUUAAGGAAGGACCUUAA